AUGGAAAGUUUGAAGUUUAUCAUCAGUUUUUCAUUAGUUUUCUACUUGAAUUUGACACAAUCUGCAAUAAUGAUUGAUCGUGUAAAAAUCAAUUUUGACGUGUCAUUCACUAACUUUUCAUAUGCCUUACAAAAUGAUGGCGUCAAUUCCACUUUAAUAAACGUAACCAUUCAUGCAUAUCAUGAAGUCACUAAAAUAAAAGUUUUUUUACAAUUAUUACUGCCUGAAAAUGAUGGCGAUCGACAUUACGGCAGAGAAUAUUUUAAGACAUCUGUUGAUUUUGAUAGGGUAGCGAAAGGAAUUUUUGGCAACUCAAUUCUGCAGAUGAUAACUGAACGAUUGGGCGUGACAUCUGACAUUUUGAAAUUACCAAUGAAAAAAGGUAUUUAUUCUGUUUGCAAUUUCACCAUGCCUGAUCAACUACUUCCUAGUUUCCUGCCAUCAAGAGCUUUACUAAAGUUUCGAAUUGUUGUUAAUAUUAAAGGCUCCAAAAAAAGCUUUCGUAGCAGUUCAUGGGAAGUUUACAUCAGAAGAGUUUGA